AUGGACAUGACCGAGCCGCGGCGCGGGGGUUCAGAGGACUCCGUCCGCUCCGAUCAUGAUAUUGCAUUCCAUGAGCCAAAGCAGGAACUCCCUGAUGAUUUACCAAAGUCUCUGGAUGAUCGUCGCUCUGUGCCUGUUUUUCAGGCUGAGACGGAGAUGUAUGAUGCCUGGCAAGGCCAAUCCCAAUUCCUGACAACACCAGUCGCAGCCAAACCCCUCCCCUUCAGCCUAACACUAGACGACCACACCCACGACCCAGAGCACGAACUACGCGCCUACGGCCACCGCGACCGCGACCUGGAAGAUAGUGACGCCCGUCUGAUGGAAAUGCUAGCCGCCCAAGCCGCACAUCGCGAAGUGGACUCGCUCAGCGCGGACGAGGAGACCAUUGCUGUUGAUGAGAAGCUCACUGAUGAUGAGAAGCGCGAUAUACUGCAGAAGAGCUUGAAUAUGGCGGCUAGUAAUGGCGACGUGGAGCGCGUUAGGAAACUUGUCCGGGGGCUGCCAGGCCGUUUUCUUUCGGUUUCCUUUGGUCUGCGCGUCUCGUGGGAUGGGGGCCAUCAAGAGGUUGUGGGUGCGCUUAUUGAUGCUGGGGCUUUGGUUGACAAACAAGAUCGCAAUCAGUGGAGUGCGCUGAUGUGGGCUAUGACGAACCGGCAUAAGAGUAUUGCGAAGAUUUUGCUUGAUCAUGGGGCUUCGCCGGAUAUUAAGUCUUCGUCUGGGGGUACUGCGCUUGAUUUUGCCCAGCCUGGGAGUGAGAUCUCUGAAUAUCUGCAUGAAAAUGGGUAUAAUUUUGGUUCCGCGGGUAUUGAGGAUGAUUUCUAUGAUGCUGGGCUGGCGCAUGGCCGGUUUGAAGAAGAACUAGCUGAAACGGAGAUGAAGCGGAGAAUGAUGAUGGAAGAGAGCGCUAUCAAUUUGGAAGUUGAUUUGUCCAGUUUGGGGCUUGAUGAGAAAUUCGAGCCAUCUGAUGAUGAUGAGCUAGAAGAAGAACAACAGGAAUUCAUCUGGGAUCGAUGUCUGAACGACCAGAUGUUCGUCUUCCAGGAUCAUGAACUGGAACGCAUUUUGGAUAUCAUCAUCACCAACAUGACUCCCCAGCGGUCUCCGUCUCAAAAGCCAGUGCCUGCAAAUCUUCUCUUCCUCAGUGCGCGUUAUGCGCAUUAUCAUGCCAGCCCUGAGCUGCUUGCAACGCUAUUGACGUCUGCCAUGGACAAAAUCAACGACGUUGUUGAACGCUACCAGUGGGACAUGACAAUGCAAGCAUUCUGGUUGUCAAAUGCCACGCUACUUCUCCACUAUCUCAAGAAGGAUGGCGGCCUGGUAGAAUCUACAGUCGAGUUCCAGCUCCAUUUGGCAGAGCUGAUCAACGAGAUCUUCGUUCUCAUCAUUCGUGACGCCGAGCGUCGAAUGAACAAAGUCCUGGAUGCGGCUAUGCUGGAUCAUGAGACCAUCCCUGGACUGGAAGACGUUGCCUUCCAAAAUGAAUGGAAGCUCUUCCGCAAAAACAAAAAUAAGACGCCUGAACCUGCCGAGAAGCGAUUCCGGCCUCCAUCUCCGCGCCGACGAGCGCAGGUUUCGCCCCGAAACAUCACCUCUUUACUCUCAUCGACCCUUUUUGUACUUGAUCUAUAUGACGUUCACUCUGUGAUUGCAACACAGAUCCUCUCUCAGCUUCUUUACUGGCUCAGUGCUGAGAUCUUUAAUCGGAUCAUGAGCACGAAACGGUAUCUGGCACGCACAAAGGCGAUGCAGAUCCGCAUGAACGUGUCAACAUUAGAAGACUGGGCUCGCUCCAAUAACCGACAACCAGAGCAUUACGAAAAUGGAUCUACAUCUUGCACUGGAGAAACCACAAUUGAAGCCGCCCGUCGACAUCUGGCGCCGGUCAUCCAACUCCUCCAGUGGCUGCAAUGCUUCUCCUCGCUCGGCGACGACCACGAAUCCCUCGUGACAACCCUUCUCCAACUCCAACAACUUAGUCCCGCCCAGCUCCUUCACGCCGUCAAAUCCUACCGCCCAGAAGUGGGCGAGAAGGGUCUCACCAAGCAAGCAAUGAAGUUCCUCCUUGAGAUGCAGCGCGACCCAGAGAUCCUCUUCCGCGAGCAACAAAAAAUCCAAGACGAGAAGAAAAGGGCCGCAGCUGGACCAGCAUCGGACGCAGCUGACGAUCGUCCAAAAACACCAUCAAAGGACCAACCCUCGGACGCACCCACAUCGCCAGACCCAGGUCUCUCCCCAGGCUCAGCAGGCGCCUCCUCCAGACCAGCUAGCAUGGUGGCCAUCAGGAACGACGAACGCCCGGGCGGCGGCAACGCCGUCAUCCUCGAUCCAACCCUUUUCCUCCCCUUCUCCCUACCAACCAGCACAGACAUGCUAAUCAGCUACGGCGCCGGCUUCGGCGGCACUAAUCGCGAACGAGCACGCAAGUACAUCCCCACCGUUCCACCAGAAGUUCUUAGCCGAUUCGAUCGCGGCGAUGCAUAA